GAGGGAACCUGUUCGGGGGUUAUCGUUAUUGUUCUUGCGAGAACAAGGAAGAAAUGAGUCUCGACGCCACCAAAGAGAAGCAGGAGGAGGUUCUUGUCGUGGAUUUACACGACCACUCUGUCACCACGGAACACGAUGAGAAUUCCAUGUUGAUUGACCACUCCGCGAGACUGGUGGCGAUGCCGGAUAACGCUUUGACGUUGAGCUGCAACACGACCGGUUUGAAGAUGGAAAAGGAAAAUCACAGCAUGACACACGACGUUAAUGUCCUUGUCCAACCGCGCAUGACAAACGAAGAAACCUCUGUGAUGGAAGACUUCUUGGAAAACAGCACGAGUAAUUUGGUCGCGAGUGUGGUGGAGGACCAAAGUCGUGCCCUAGCGGUCGAACUGAUCUCGGAACAGCAAUUGUUGGCGAAAAGUUUUGCGACGUUGUUGCGCAACUCGCAAGAACAUCAGGGACUGCUGAAGAAUGCCAGUGAUCAUGUUGAACUGCUACAUGGGGAGGAACCUCCUGCGAUGGAAACGGCCAAAGAAGAUGUCGGAAACCACGAUGAACAAACCGCGGCGGUCACAGGCGAAAUUAAUAGGGCGAAAGAAGACAACGAGAAGAGUAAGAACAACCAAAUUAUCGCAAAUCAGAAAAACAAGCUCUUCCUUCUCGUCGAGGGCGAAGCUGCGAAAAUCUGCCUGAAUCCGGGACUGUUUCUGGAAAAUGGAGCUGACGCUGAUGGUUGUGUUGCGGCACCAGGAGCUGGAGCCGGAGGGCACCACGAAAAUAUUAAUGCUGUUCAAUUCAUCGACAACAUCGUGACCCCCCGCUCCCCAACUGUCACGGACCCAGAACUGCGCAAACUUCGGUCGACCUACGCAAAACUGCGGAAAAACGCAAAGAAAACCUGCUUUGCUUUGGUCGAAAUCCAGAACAAAAUCCGGUCUGAAUUCGACGCGUUUCCGCCCCGUUUCGAGGUGGAGGAAAGCAGUGCUUGUUCUGAAGGAAGCUCGGUAGAUGAAGCAGUUACUACGCCGACCAAAAAGCAGGAAAAGUCUUCAAAAUCGGGCGAAGGCUCGACCGCAACUGCUCCUGUCGGUGUCGCGGACAGUGUGAGUAAAAACAAAACUGCCGAACACAGUGUCAUCGUGGUGGUGAAUGGCAAGCCGGUGAAGAAAACGUUCCCGGACAAAGUGCCAGUCGCAGUUUCUGCAGCUCCUAGCAGGGAGAACACGGACGAUGUUGUCCUCGCGACCUCGUCCACCUUUGAGUUGCUGCACAAGCAGGAAGAUAAUUACACUACCCCGACGGCCUCUCCAACCUGCACGAAAGGAGCAGGACCGCAGGAACCACACACCCAAGAGCUGCUGCGCAGCAGCACGGAAAGCCGCAAGAGUAACAACUCCGGAACCAUGUUGCUGUCGAAUAUGCGGAAUAUGACGUAUGAAGAAGCAAAGGCCAACACCAUCAUUUGCGACACGUCGGAACGCACCCCCUACCCGAAACAGAAGGUCGUGCAUAGCAGUUACGGCGGGAACCAACAUGUUGAACAUGAUGCAAAACCGCCUGCCAGUACAACUACUGAGGACGCGGGAACGCAGGUGAGCAGUCCAGUUGCGGAUGUGGGAACCUCUACUGCCUUUUUCGACGACCAAGCAGUCGCCAAUAAACGAUCCCCCACAACCGAAUCCCGGGGUACACAACUGCAACCGAUCGACACGUGGAAGAGUUUGACGCAGAGAUUGAUUCCGAGUCCAAAGAUGAGCUGUGCUGCCGCUGGGGGCAACGAGAACGGUCAUCUUCAAGUGGAACAGCAACAAGACAUCCUGAUAGCCAGUACGACGAAGCAGCCGCAGCUGCGGGUCGCGAACUUGAGAAUCAGUUCGCCUACCAUGAUCCAUCUGCCGCCGUUGAUGGGAUUGCAUAAUUUGAUGCAACCUGCUUCUCAGAACCACCAGCAGCCUGCUCUUCACGAAGUUGCGCAGCUGCAUGGCAGUGGGGCUUUGUCUGUUCCGGUACCGGGACCGACUACAACGCAGGGCCUGAACCAGGAGCAGGUCACCUUACAACUGCACAAAAAUGUGGUGAUUGAACCUAUGUUGAACUUCUCCGGUGCUGAACUUCUAGACGAGGACAAAGAUGACGAGUUGAUGAACCACGACGACGGUGGGGAGAUUAACAUCGUGUCUCCCUCUAGUACGACGUCCCCAAUGGUCGAGGCGGCCGCGAACGCUUUCCGUCGGUUGUUGUAUGGCACCAGUGAGGAGUCGAAGAUGACCAUUACCACGUCGGAGGACACGACUCCAGCUACCCGAACCGCAGCUCACAAUCAACAAACGGUCAACAUGUUGGUGGACCACCAGCACUGCAACGACGACAACUACAGUGUGGAUGACAACGUCGUUGUUGUCGAUGACUUCAGAAAUGUCGACGCGGUGAAGUUUCAAGUGUCUGCUCCUUCUAUGGAUGAAGUCGAUGUGGUAACUCCGACAAAAAAGCUGCGGAAUCGGAGCAGUCGGGUUUCUAUUGCGCCGGGGUUGUAGGUUCUAGGGUAGAAUGUCGUGAUUUUUGAAGGAGUUUUCAUCCUCAUUCUGAUGUAAGUUCGUUUCAGUUUCUUGUCACAGUGUCCAUUAGUUUUUGCUACUGUUUGAAUAAAAUAAAUUGAAUGCAGCCCUGUGAUGAAAUUGAAAAACAUAUAAAGGAAGAUUAUCGGAUAGAUAACGAAGAGUAUGCCUGUAGAUCCUGUACGAUAUAAUUGUUAUUGUUAUUGUUCUGCAUAUCGUUGUAGUAGUCAAGUUCUUGUUCUUCAUCUUUGUUCAACACGGCAUAGAGACGAAAAAUUUAGAUUUUUCUGAUGUCACUAUUUUCCAAACGUAGCUAAUUUUCAGCCUUGUAUCCGAAUAUUCUUGAUAAUUCCAUAUAAAUGUACAAAUCUUUGCCUCGUGAAUGAGUAAAUUUCGUAGACAAACAUGAAAAAAAAACAGAAUAGUAGUUCUUGACUCGAGAGCAGAUUCAGACGAGAAUACUAAAACAUCUGGGAAUAGUACAGUGGAUCGACAUCGGAACAGAGCAUAAAGACGCAUAAAUGAGAUCGCAUUGAAAUUUGGGAAUAAAACAACAUCAGGUUC